GCAAUAAGUUCGUUAUUGAAAAAGAGCUCGCUCCUAUGGUAACCACUUCACCACCCUUCUCUUUUCCAAAACUGGCAAGGGUUCCUCCCUUCAAGAGCCCAAUGGCGAUCAGGAGCUCUUGCCAUCCCGCCCCUUCCUUGGCCAUUCCAAGUUUCGGCACAAGGAAGGCGACAGCGACAGUGAGGUUCAGCACGGCCGUGCACAGCAGCCGCGAGCACAUAUCCAACUCUGCAAGAUCUAUCAAGAAGACGGUGUUUGAGGACCAGGUGAGAGGAGUGGUGUGCUACAGAGACGACAGGGGAGAGAUGGUCUGCGAGGGGUACGACGAAGGGCCCAGGCUCGGGAUGCGGCUGCCGGAGAAGGCCUGCUUUCCAUGGCCAAUGGGAAUCCGGGUCACUGAUUUCAUCGAGCUGUCGACGCUUCGAGUCUUGGACGACGAGGAUGCUCUGAAAUGACAAGCUGAUGGAGCGAUCACGCAAUAAGAGCUAAUCUGGAGUUCAGUCGCGUGAGAACAGCUACAAGAAUAAACCGAACCGUGGGCCUUUUUCUUCCUGCCACAUUUCUAGUUCGAUUGCAUGCGUACACAUCUCGUUUCGAUAAGCGAGAUGAAACUUGCGUUGUUUCCUGAAGCAUCAAACCAACUUGUUCAUGUUCCUGCUAGUGCAGUAGAAUUUCAGUAUCUCUGAAUCACUGCAACUGGAAUCGAUUUCGACCAAGUCACAGCAGAUGCGCA